GCCGGGAUACAGGAGGACCACACUCGGCGCGGUGUGUGCCGGGAUACAGGAGGACCGCGGGGAGACGCUGCUCGGAGCCCGCGCCGCCGCCAUGUCUAUCGGAGUCCCCAUCAAAGUGCUGCACGAGGCCGAGGGUCACAUCGUCACCUGCGAGACCAACACGGGGGAGGUUUACCGCGGGAAACUGAUUGAGGCCGAGGACAACAUGAACUGCCAGAUGUCCAACAUCACAGUGACGUAUCGAGAUGGUCGAGUAGCACAGCUGGAGCAGGUGUACAUCCGAGGCAGUAAAAUACGCUUCUUGAUUUUGCCGGACAUGCUGAAAAAUGCCCCGAUGUUAAAGAGUAUGAAAAACAAGAACCAGGGAACGGGGGCGGGCAGAGGGAAAGCUGCCAUUCUCAAAGCUCAGGUGGCUGCCCGAGGGAGGGGUCGAGGAAUGGGCCGAGGUAAUAUUUUCCAAAAGAGGAGGUGAAUAAUUUGCGGGAGGAUUUGCAGGAUUGCUGAUUUGUAUUUCUGUUUUGUAAUUCAGUUGAAUUUUACUGAUGCUGAUAGACGACUUAUGUUUGUAGACUUACUUAUGUUGUCAAUAAACGUUUUUUUCCACAAAA